GCUCUAUCUACCAGUGCCCUCUCCUAAAAAAACUAGAGUCGCUCCUCGUUACCUCCGUCUCACGUCAAGAUUCGCGAGUGACCGAAGUAACUCUCGCUCUAUAAUACGCUCGGGUGUCGCGUGUGAAUUUUUAAAACAAACUAAUAUAAACCAAAGCUCAUAUAUUUACUGUCACACAAGAUAUUACUCAAUACCCAGCAUCAUUUAUGUCAACCUGUCUCGCUAUUUAUCAAACAUCUGACACAUAACCAGUGCGACUGCAACCACAACCACACAAUAACAUUGAGAGAUAAAAUACAAUAAAAAUAAUACAUAUAUAUACAUAACAUAAAUAUAACAAUGUUACAAGUGUGUAUGUUAAAAAUAAUUAAUCAUAAGGCAGUCGCCUGAUUCCCAAGUUAUUUUAUUUCAGAGUUGCUUGGAAUGGACGGACUCCGAUUUAAAUUAAACUUCAACAAUACCUCGAUAAUUAAAAAUCUACACUCACACAAAAAUCUAAACCACCAACACAAUAAUUACACAUUUAUGUGUGCAUGUGUCACUAUUGUUGAUGAUGCACGCUUGAACUUUGGGCGGGCAACGACGUUGUUACCUUCAUGGACAACUGAGAACGAGAUUGAUUGCAUGCAUCGAUGCACAACAGCAAUCGGGUAAAUUAACUCGCCGAGAAGAGGGUGAUGGCUAGUUUGACAGUCGCAACGUCAAGUAAAAACAAUUCUCGCGGUAGUUCACCCAACAGAGGAAAUUUACUAACUCAUCAUCGACAAUCAUCCGCUAACCUGGAGCACGUGCCAAAGAUAUGUAACACUGCAGUUGGCCAAACUGGAGAAGGUAGUACUGGAAGCGCAGGAAGCAGUAUUUGUGGAGCGACGGUUAUGAAAAGUAGUUCAAGACAAAGAUCCCCAGGUGCAAUGGCACGUUCUGGUGAUAAUUUCGAGGAGUCAAGUCAAUCGAAUCCGUCCAACGUCGAGUCCGAGGAUUUUGUGUCAAAUGUCCACCCGCCAACAGAUGACGAAGGAGAAACAUUUCAUACUACAACUCAAUCAUUCUUAUCAAAUGGAUCGUCAGAAUUAAUAUCCGAAGACGUCGACUCGAGUGGAGCUCGCGUCCGUCAGGCAAUAGAACAAACUCAGAAUAAAAUAACGAAAACUCGCGAACUCAUUCGUACGGAGCAAAAAACCCGCGAUGAGAAUGUCAACGAGUAUCUCAAACUCGCGGCAAAUGCAGACAAGCAGCAGUUAGCGAGAAUAAAGACGGUGUUCGAGAAGAAGAAUCAAAAGUCAGCACACAAUAUUGCACAGUUGCAAAAAAAGUUGGAUAGUUAUACAAAAAAACUUAGAAAUUACGAGAUGAAUGGCGCGCCAACGAGUCAUCGGCAACCGCGAGAAGUUCUUCGAGACAUGGGUCAAGGAUUAAACUUGUCUUCCAGAAACGUGGGCGGUAACAUUAGGGACGGAAUAAGCGGAUUUUCGGGAAGCGUCAUGUCCAAGCCCAGAGAAUUUGCACAUCUUAUAAAAAAUAAAUUUGGCAGUGCCGACAAUAUAAAUACUCUAUCACAUGGAUCUACUUUUUAUGUAAACGAUCCACCACGUGCAGGUACCGGCGACAAUGGCAGCGUCGAGGAGGAAAAAACUCAUCACGGUUCAGCGACAUUACCCGGUGGUUGUAGUUUAGGUUCAACCCACAGUGCCGCGCCCGUUAAAUUUCCGUCGGAAGAGGGUUCCGAGUGCUCGAGCGUCACCAGCGAAAGUGGCCCCGGCAGCAGAGGUCAAGCGCACGCAUGCCACAGCAACAAUGCCGCCUUCAGUUUGAAAUCUAUUUUUGCAGAGCUGCAGGAGCAUCGGGAAAACUUUGAACGUAUGAGAGAAAAACUGGAUACGCUUAAGACACUUCAACAAGAAGUCACAUUUUUAUCAAACGCUUUGCAAGAGGAACGUUUCCGGUGCGACCGGCUCGAAGAACAGAUGAACGAUCUGACGGAAUUGCAUCAAAACGAAGUUGAAAAUUUGAAGCAAACGAUAACAGACAUGGAGGAAAAAGUACAGUAUCAGAGUGAAGAUCGGCUGAGAGACAUUCACGAGAUGCUGGAAAGCUGUCAGACUAAAAUAUGGAAAAUGGAACACCAGCAGCAACAACAUCAGCAAUACGUAACACUUGAGGGUCUUGACAAUAGUAACGCGCGAGCGUUAGUUGUUAAAUUAAUCAACGUUGUGUUGACUGUUUUACAAGUUAUUUUAUUACUUGUAGCCACAGGCGCGGGAAUAAUGAUGCCUUUCUUGAGAACGAGCUGUACUAAGCCUCAUUGUUUCAUGUGCAGGGUGCGCAUAUUGACGACGACGUUGGUCGUGCUGGGCAUUGUUUUUGUCCUCAAGCAGUGGCCCGAAGUCCACGACGUGGGAAGUCAUCUAAUGCGACAUCUCAAACAAACACUUGCUGUCAAGUAGCAUUGGUUUGGAUAAAUAGCCAUUUAAAUAAUUGCCUCGAGUACCCGGAUACAGCAAUAAAAUAUCAAGAAAAAAAAAGUAAAUAAUAAAAAUCGACGGUCGUCGAAUCGGAUUGAAAGACAAAAAAAUAAAAUUGAUAAUUCGCUUAAAUAUUUGUUAGUAGGUAAAUAUAAACAGUUAAGAUUUUAUUAUUAUUUAUAUAUUAUAUAUUAUUAUAAAUGUAUUGGAUGUAGAUGAAUUAUUGUACUAUAUUAUUUAGUCAGUAAGGUAUGUGAUAACGAUUAACAUGAAAUUUAAAAAAUAUCGAGAGACAACGGGAGAGUAACAGUAAUAGGCAAGUUUAUAUAUUUAAUAAUAAUAAUUAUUAUUAAUAUCAAGGAAAUAUUCUAGUCUGGAUGAGUUUAAUUUAAAGAAUUUUUACGGUUGAAUAAAAAAGAAAACAUAUUUUUACUACAAAUUUUCUAUUUUCUUUAUUUAUACUCAGAUAAAAAUAUAAGAAAUUUAAUUCAUUUUAAGUAUCUCUUAGCCCUGAUAAAAAAGGUGUGUGUUGGUUCAUAUCUCGGGCUCUGUCUUACCGAUCGGUUAAAAUUUGGUGUGCAUUUCAAGUAGAUGUUUUAUAAUUACUCUUGUAAAUUUAAAAUGAUUAUUAAAUUUUUCCCACCGUUUUUUCAGUUUCAUUUUUUUAAAAUAAUAAUUUUUUCAUUCCCUAAGACUACAAAGUAAAAUUUUCUAAAAAUGCACACCAAAGUUUUCCAGUCGGUAAAAGAGAACUCGAGAUGAUACUCAGUCACACCUUUACUAUGGCCAUCAAUAGAUCCUUAGAACCCAUUAAAUUUUAAUUUUUUAUCCAGAAACUUUUUUUGUCUAUUAAAACUUACAGUAAAAAUAUAUUUUUUUUCUACGAAACCUUAAAAAAAAUUUAAAAACUCACACCUCCGGACUAGACUACUCCUUAAAAUAAACUUGACGAUCCGUGGUAAUUUAUUACCAUCAAGAUUUGUCAUGUGGACAAAAUACUAUAAAAUAAUAAUAAUUAAAGAUUGAUAAAUUGCAUGACAGUCGAAGUGAGACUAAGGCUGAAUUUGACUGACCGAAUCAGCAGUUUGUUUUUUAUUUUAUUGACAGCAUUAUAGCUUCGAGACAAUUAAGAUUGAUAUGAGAAAAUUAAUAACAAUAAUAGUAAUACCUCAAAAAAAACUAAAAUUAAUAAUAAAAAUUUUUAGUAUCACUUUUUUCGUACUGCUAAAUUAACAUAAUUUGAUAUUUUGAUAUAAAUAUUUCGCCAUUUAAUAAUUAUUUUUAAAAAUGGCAUUAAACAAAUAAUUUGUUAGAGCUAUUGUUAAACGAUGCACAAAUUCAGUAUUAAGUACACAGUUUUUAAAUGUUCAUUUUAUUUAAAUUAUUAUUAUUUAUUAGUAAUCUCGAGUUAAUUUCAAAUCUCGAUAUUAUUUUAAUAGUAACUACGCUUAAAUAAUUAUCACUUUACUUAUAAAUAUAUAACUAUCAAUACUUGAUAUAUAUUUAAUUUUAAUCACACCAACAAUAAUUAAAAUAAUUUGCUAAUUAAGGGCAUUCUCAGACAGUGCACUCGACUUUUUAAAAAUAUGAAAUGACUUUCAACUGAACCGUAUUCAAAUUUUAAUAAUUAAUUAAAAAAUAAUUAAAACCUUUAGGCCAUUCUCAAACAGUGUCCCCCACUUUUUUAAAAUAUUUAAUGACUUUCAAUUGUAAUGACUGUAUUAAAAUUUUGAUAAUUAAUUAAAAAAAAUUUUAAGCAUUAAUUGAAAAAAGGGAAACGCAGUUACAAUUUCGCCGAGACAUAGAUUUAAAAAAAAAUUAUUUACAGUUGAUAUCAAUUAGGAGUUAAACAAAAUUUUGAAAAUAAAUUUCAGUAAAAUCUUUUUGUCAAUAUUAUAAUUUGGAAUGUCAAAUUUUUUACGCUAAAAUUUAUUUAAUAAAUUUCGUUUAACUCCUUAUUGAUUUUAACUGUGAGUAAUUUUUUUUUAAAUUGUAACUGCGUUGUUCUUUUUUCAAUUAAUGCGACAAUUUUUUUAAAUUAAUUAAUUAAAUUUUAAUUAUGUUAUGACACUUCAAGGUCAUUGAAUAUUUCAAAAAGUGGGAGGCUCUGGCGGAAAAUUUGAAUUUGGCCUUUAAUUGAAAAAAGGCCAACGUAGAAGUAAUUUCGUUGAGAUAUAAAAUUUUAAAAAAAUUACUUACAAUUAACAUCAAUUGAGAGUUAAACGAAAUUUUUUGAAUAAAUUUUAGCCAACAAAAUUUAAAAAUUCUAAUUAUAAAAUUGACACGACGGUUUUACUGAAAUUUAUUUUCAAAAUUUUGUUUAACUCCUAAUUGAUAUCAAGUGUCAAUAAUUUUUUUUUAAAUCUAUAUUAAGAAAUUACGACUACGUUGUCUUUUUUUUAAUUAAUGCUUAAAUUUUUUUUUAAUUAAUUGAUAAAAAUUUGAUACGCUUAUGUCAGUUGAAAAUUUUUAAAAAGUGGGAGGCACUGUCUGAGAAUGGCCUUAAAAUGUUGCUCUCUCGUAUUUUAAAAAUAAAAACUGUGACUAUAAUAAGUUCAAAUUAAAUUGGUAAUUAUAUAAUUAAUAAUUUCUGGGAUCAAACUAAAAAAAAAUAAUUAUUAUUAUACAUAACAAUAUAAAAAAAAUUCGCUGACAACCGCCGGAUAUCUGCCAAAAUAUUUUUAAUUAA